GCCACUUUUACGGACAAGGCUGCUGUGGACGACGUGCGUGCUUGCGUGCGUGUAUGCACAAUGUACUGUAGGCAGUAGUGAGGGGGUGAUGACAUGCGCACACAUAAUGCGCGUGACCAGAAGGAGUGGGCAUUCAAAGUAGGCUAAGCUCUGCUAUUGGUAACACACGCCCUCCCGGGACCAGUUCUGAGAGAUCCAGGAUGGAAGGUGUGCGUACUGCGGGUUCGGAGGAUUCGGUUCGACUUAUGUGACGUCUCCCAUCCGCGAGCAGGGAUCUCCUUGGAAACGGAUGGUGGCAGCCUCCCCCCUCCCUCCUCGGUUGGUGCUGAGCUUGCUGCCUGGCUUCCCACAGAAACUACUGACCGACUGGGCCGCUUUCAUUCAGCAGAUGUUUCCCGGCAGGAUGGCCCUGAGCCCCCCCAGCCCGCUGUGCGGGCCCCCAGAGGAGCUGCAGGAGCUCGCCUUCAUAGAGCGGCCGAUUCGCAGGACCCUCAAGACUGCUGAGGAGAUUGAUCAGCUGACAGUGGAUGAAGGCCUGAAUGAAGUUGAAAGAGCCGUGUACCUGCUCAGCCAGGGUCAGGAGAUGCAGAGGGCCUGCGUCAUCAGUAACUUACCCAGUCUAGUUCGCCAGAACCCUGCUGAGACAUUCCGCCGGGUUGUACCAAAGGUUCGGGAGGUCCUAAAUGGUGCAGGUGUUGAGAUCCAGCUGGCAGCAGCAGCUUCGUUUUUAACCAUCUUGCAGGAUGACAUAAUUCUGAUCCACACUCACACCUAUUCCAUUCUAAAGACUGUCCUGCAGCAACUGAACCACAGAGACACAGUGGUGAGCAGCGCCUGGUUGGAGACUCUGCUGUCAGCCAUAAAUGUUCUUCCCAAGGAAACCAUCAAACAGGAGGUGUUGAACUCUCUCAUGUAUCAGACGCAGAUGUCUCAUUUCCUUCAGGGUCGUUUGGCUGCUUGCCGUAUUUUAGGAAAAGUUGCCUCUAGGUUUAAUUGUCACAUGGUGAUGAAGGAGUUGUUGCCACUGGCUCGUUCUUUGCUUCAGGAUGUGGAACCUGAAGUCCGUGCCUGCAUGUGCAAUCACUUGGAGAGCAUUGCCAGAGCCAUUGGUGAAGACAAUUACAGGACAGAACUUUGGCCAGAGCUUGUUGAGCUUGCUGGAGAUGAGGAGAACAGUGUCCAACUGGCAAGCUUUGACACAAUCAUCAACCUGAUGGAGAUGAUAGAUGGCAAGGACCUACUUCCUGUCAUGGUUCCCAUGGUGAUGAUGGUUUGUGAGGCUGCAGCACAGGCGGAUGAAGCAGUUAUGGUGUCCCUGUCCUUCCAGUUUGGGAAGCUUUGCAAUGGAUUGGCUGGGUAUCUGUCAGAAGAGCAGAAGGGUCAACUUCUGCAGAGGUUUAGGCUCCUGUGUGUGUUAGGACUGCAAGACGAGAGCCAGCAGACAGACAGCAGCGCCCCAACUUUGAUCCGCUGCAACUGCUGCUACAAUAUGCCGGCCAUGGUGGCGUUUGCGGACUCUGCUCACUUCCUUUCCAAGCUCUACUCCUCCUUCUCUAGUCUCUGCACUGACCCUGAGGUCAGCGUCAGGCGAAGCGCCGCUGCCAGUUUUCAUCAGGUGCUGAAGCUGAUCAGCCCAAACAGCCACCUGGUGCACAAAGAGUUUCUGCUGCUGCUGCAGGACGACUCCCUGGAGGUGCUGGACGCUCUGAUGAACCACCUUGAGGAAACUCUUGAGCUGCUUCUGUUGGGAGAAGACUCCCCAAUGCUGCCAGAGCUGCUGUCGGUGCUGCUGUUAGCUGAAAAAAAAGUUGGAAGUUCCCUGCGUUGGCGGCUUCAUGAGAAGUUGCUCCAGCAAUACAGCUGCUUGGCAAGGCUGCUUUCUGGGGAGCUGCUGCAUCAGAGCUUUUCCCACCGCAUCUUCAGCCUCCUCAUCACCAACAAAGUCCUUCCAGUGCAGAAGGAGGCUGCACGAACUCUUUGCACAAUCAUGCGUUACAACCGCAAGCAGGAACAACGUCAGGAGAUGAUGGAACGUUUGAUCCAAGAUUUGGCUUUGGGUCGAAGCUAUUGGAACCGUCUUAGGUUCCUUGACGUCUGUGAAAUUGCCACAGAGAUUUUCUCAAAAAAAUACUUCAGUAAAUAUUUCCUGAUUCCAGCGCUGGAGCUUGCCCAUGACCCCAUUGCCAAUGUGAGAUACAAGCUCUGCCAGCUGCUGCCCAGGUUGCGCUUAUGUCUCUGCCUGCCAGCAGACAAACUUCUGCUGCAGAAAUUGGACUUUUGUGUUCAGAAACUUUUAUGCAGGGAAAAAGACAAAGAUGUGGUGGCCACAAUCCCGAAGACUGUGCUGGAACUGAACAAACUGGACCUGUCAGAACCUUUUCACAAGAGGCAGGAGAGGGACCUGCUGGACCUGAAGAAAAAGAAAGAAGAGACUGUCCAGCUGGAAAUGUUGGAACAGGACAGCGAUGGUAAAGUGACCUCUGACAGGCACACAGAGAGAAAGCGAAGAGACAGCAAGACCAGCCUGACUUUCACUAAGUCUGUGUCCAUCUCCUCCCCAGUAGCAGCACCACCCUCUGGUAAAGAGAGGAGGAAGCCAAAAUUGUCUCGCAGUCGUUCCCUCAGCAGUCAGCCGUCAUCAAGCAAACCUGUGAAUUCUGACAGACCACUGAAGGUCAAAGACCUAAGUGGUUCGUUUCGACUUGGGAAGUCCUCUGUGUUGGUUAGCAAAGAUGCCUCCCUGAGAACAAGUCACUUCACCAUGACAACCCAGACCACCUCCUUUAUGCCGAUUCUGGUACGAAAUGACACAAGCCUAUCAAGUGUACUGGACAGACCCAGUAUCUUGGACAGAACUACCAGCGUGGACUCCAUGAAAAGUGUGAUGGAGCACAGCAAUAGUGGUUUUUAUUCCAAAGACCACAGAACCAGUACUUUGGACCACAGAGGGCACAGAAGUAGCACUUUGGAGCAGAGCAGUAAAACAAUGGAGCGUAGCAGCGGGGUGAAGGACAGUCGGUCUAGAAAACUGAAGUCAGGCUCCUUCAGCGUCCAGUCAGGACAGGACUAAAGAGGACGGGGGUCACCAUUGCUCCACAACUACAUCAGACAGAAGCUAAAGAAAAUUACCCAAAAUCUAACGCAUCAACAGAAGACUUUAGUGUUUUCCUGCUGUUCAUCCCCUCACCGACUGUUGACUGCAGUGUUGCUGCUGCAUCAUAAACCGCCAUGUGUUUUUUUUUCUACCAUAACAAAUCCUUACAAUAAUCUUAUUGUACACAUGUGAAAAAAGAGCUCCAUAUUUUUCCAAAAUAAGACAGCAGAGUGGUCAGGUCUGACCAACUGUGUCAGGAAUGAAGUCUAUUUGAAUAAAUACUCGUGAAGUCAUGCAUGUCAGAGAAAGAUCUUAAUUUUUGAGGACAUCUAAAGCAGGCAACCAACUCCUGAGAAAUCAAACCAGCAGCUGAUUGGUGAGGUCACUGUGAUGCAUGGUUACUCCACAUUGACUUUCUGGUUCCAAUCUUCAUCAGACAGUAAAAUGCAGAGGCAGACAAUGUUCCACAAAGCUUUAAUAUCAUUAAAGCCGUCAGCAUA